AUGACUUGGCUGUCGGAAAAGGGCAAAUGUAAUCCUCAGUUCGGCAUCUAUGAUGAGACGAAAGGACAGUUUUUGGAGAAGCGUGCAGAUCUCACUGAGCUGACUGGCAUUACUUGCAGAGCUUGUCCUUCAGGAUAUUUCUCCUCACAGCUCAACGAUGGAGGCACCACUUUUAUUUGCAAAGAAUGUCCCAGGGGCUCCUUUCAAGCAUCUGGAGCUUCAGUUGCUUGUGACCCGUGUCCGCGUGGCACCUACCAGAAUGAGACUUCGAGCUCAUCUUGCACCCGUUGCCCACUUGGUCACUACCAAGAUGAAGAGGGGAGCACGGAGUGCAAUGUGUGCCCAGCUGGGGCGAGCACACCCUUGUUGGGAUCGCUGUCCUUAUCAGAUUGUUUCUGCAGAGCUGGGUCAAUCGAUAUUGGUGACGACACAUUGAACUGCAUUCCCUGUGGGGAAGGGAUGCACUGCCCAUUCUCAUCCAGUCUGGCGACCCUUCAGUCUGGCAAAGCCAUGCUAGGGCCAGAAUUCGUUCCUACAGUUGCAGAGGGCUAUUUUACAACUGUCCAGAAGCCUUUGGACGUCUUCCGAUGCAGGUUUGUGGACUUGUGUCCAGGAGGAACACCAGGACUGUGUAGAAGAAAAUGA